AUGGAGGAUCAGUGGCAACGAUCAAAGGUAGAGGAAUUUCUCACACAUCUAAAAACUGGUAUUCUCGAUGUGACGACACCAGGAGGCUGGAAGGUCUCCCUACUCACUUUCAUGGAUGAACCGUCAAUGCAGGAGAGGAAGGUCUUCAUGGAGAGAAUUGAGUCCGGAGUAUGGCCGGAGUUUGGAAAACCAAUUAUUGAAAUUUCCGUAACUGAAAGAAGCUCAUUCUCAUACCCUGUACUCGUGCGUGUAACCAAACUCAUGGCCACAACUGAACUCAUUUCUGAAGCAGUUUCGAAACUUAUAGCUACUCAUCUGGAAUUGGAUAUCAAGAAUUAUGUACAAUGCCCUUCCACCAGGGUUCAGAGCCAUCCUAAAAGAGGGAAUCCAGUGAUAUCAACUCCGGCUCUGCACCACCAACCGCUUCACUUGCACUUGCUCACACAAGACUUACCAGCAGAGAAAGGUACGCUCAGGAGUCAGGCCGAGACUCUGUUGAGGACAGCUAUAGAGACAGUUCAAAGUUCUUACUUACCUGAUGGAACAUCAACACUUCACCCAAACGGUGCUACGCAGAUCCUUCAUUGUCAAGAUACAACUCAUGUGAUUGUGGUAGAGAAAGAUUGGAAUGGAAUAAUCACUAUUGGGUUUUAUCCAACACCAAUACCAAUUUGGCAUCGAAGUGUUAAGAAACUUGAUUGUAUACCCGGACACAAGGAAAGGUUGACUGGUGUUAUUAAUGAGAUCAGAAGUGAAUACCCAUCUUUGAUCGACUUAUCUCAUGAGCCCAAUCUGGAUUGGAGCAAGUUGAAGGAGAGAUACAAUUGGAGAGCAGCUAGAACUGUGUCUUCCCCUAGACGCACUCAAACACCAGGUCCAAGAACAACUGCUUUGGCUGACUCACAAUUUACUUCACGGCCUAACUCACGAUCUUGCUCACGUCACUCACGAUCUCGUUCACCAGCAACACAUCCUUACCAAAACUUGAGAAACUCUCUGUCUUCAGGGGCAAAAUCGCCCAGAGGGCGGUCGCCAUAUGGGACCACCACUCAAACUGUUUUCAGAGACCCGUCUCUUCCUCGGCAAUCGAGAAAGGAGCUCCCUUCAGUCAACAGGGAUUUCGUUUCGUGGACAGCUUGA